AUGUAAUACAAUUAAAAAGAUGUUAUGAAAGGUUUAUAAUAGUUAAUGAUUAUUUGGAACGAUCCUGAAUAUAAAUAAGAUAUUAUUAUAUUGAGUAACUUGCUACUUAAAUUUGUACUUAUAAAAUCUACGAUGUUCUGCUAAUUAAUUUUAAAUUUAUGCUUUAAUCAGUUUUUUGGAAGCAUUCUUUUUACAAUCUCAAAAUCAAGAUAUAUUCUCACAGAAGUUGAAUAAAUUUUCGCUGUUUCUUUAGUUAGAAAAUUGAUAUAUGCUGGAGUAGAUUUUCAUCCAGAAUUGAUAUUAAAUUUAAAAUUUGUGUUUGAAAUUAUGAUUAAAAGACGAAUGCUUUUAUUUUCCAUAAAGUCUUCAUUCAUUUUUAAUUGA